AACCCUGCUGUCCAAACCGAAAGUGUUUCCUACUGUAAAGUCUCGGCUCCAUUUUGUGCAGCGUUUGGAGAAUGUAAACUUUAUCGGCCCAAACGGUGAUAUUAACGUCACACAACAAGAAUGUCGACUAAAGUGCUGAGUGGUGAGUCUAUGGAGGGUCCUAUGAAUUUUACAGACGGCAUACGUCUACCCAGAACUUUACAUCACACACCAGCACCCAGCCGUGUCUCUGUAAAGAGCGCUGAGUCUAUGGAGGGUCCUAUAAAUUUUAAAGAUGGAGACUUCAUACGUCCACACAGGAACGACCCAGCUAUUAAAGAAUUCCGGAAAAAGUUCAAAUUAAAUCUAAUGAAGAAAUUUCAGUGUUUGAAUGGAGUGAUAAUGAACCUGGGAACCCAAACACUCCUGAAUGAGAUCUACACAGAGCUCUACAUCACAGAGGGAGACAGUGGAGACGUCAAUAAAGAACAUGAGGUGAGACAGAUCGAGGCAGCAUCCAGGAGAACAACAACAGAGGAAACACCAAUCCAAUGCAAUGACAUCUUUAAGCCCUUAUCUGAACAAGACGAACCCAUCAGAACUGUGCUGACAAAGGGAGUCGCUGGCAUCGGAAAAACUGUCUCUGUGCAGAAGUUCAUUCUGGACUGGGCUGAAGGGAAAACAAAUCAGGACGUCCACCUCAUGUUCCCACUUCCUUUCAGAGAGCUGAAUUUGAUGAAGGACCAGAAACUGAGUCUGAUGGAGCUCCUUCAUGUCUUUUUUAAGGAAACAAAAGAAACAGAAAUGUUCAGUUUGGAAAAUGUUCUGUUAAUUUUUGAUGGAUUGGACGAGUGUCGUUUUCCUCUAGAUUUCCAGAACACAGUGAGAGUGUGUGAUGUAACCGAAUCAGUAUCAGUGCCUGUGCUGCUGGUAAACCUGAUCAAAGGGAAUCUGCUUCCCUCUGCUCUCAUCUGGAUCACCUCCCGACCAGCAGCAGCUGAUCAAAUCCCCUCUGAGUGUGUCCAUCGAGUCACAGAGGUACGAGGGUUCAAUGACCCACAGAAGGAGGAGUACUUCAGGAAGAGGAUCAGUGAUCAGAGCCUGGCCAAUAACAUCAUCACACACCUGAAGUCAUUAAGAAGCCUCUACAUCAUGUGUCACAUCCCAGUCUUCUGCUGGAUUUCAGCCGCUGUUCUAGAGAGAAUGUUGUGUGAAGCAGAGCGUGGAGAGAUCCCCAAGACUCUGACUCAAAUGUACACACACUUCCUCAUCAUUCAAAUAAACAUCAUAAGAAAAAAGUACUCAAAGAAGCAGGAGAGUGAUGAAGAAAUGCUUCUUAAACUGGGAAAACUGGCUUUUGAGCAGCUGAAGAAAGGGAACCUGAUCUUCUAUGAGGAAGACCUGAGAGAGUGUGGCAUUGAUGUGAGAGAAACAGCAGUGUACUCAGGUGUGUGUACGCAGAUCUUCAGAGAGGAGUUUGGGCUUCACAAGAGUAAAGUGUACUGCUUUGUUCAUCUGAGUAUUCAGGAACACCUCGCAGCUCUGUAUGUGCACCUGUGGUUCAGGAAAACCAAGACAAAUGCUCUUAAAAAGAAGAAAAAAAAGCAAGUAAUUAAAGAUUUGGAUCUACACAAGUGUGCUGUGGACCAGGCUUUAGGGAGUCAGACUGGACAUCUGGAUCUUUUCCUUCGCUUUCUUCUGGGUCUCUCACUGAAGUCCAGUCAGGAUCUCUUACAGACCUUAGUAACACAGACAGGAAGAAGCUCCCAGAGAACAAAGAAAACAGUUCAGUACAUUAAGAAGAAGAUCAGUAAUGAUCUUCCUCCAGAGAAAUCCAUCAAUCUGUUCCACUGUCUGAAUGAACUGGGUGAUAAUUCUCUAGUGGAGGAAAUCCAACAUUAUCUGAAAUCUGGAAAACAAAGUGGACUCUCUUCUUCACAGUGGUCGGCUCUGGUGUUUGUGUUACUGACAUCAGCACAGGAGCUGGAGGAGUUUGACCUGAGUAAAUAUAUCAGUGAAGAUAAGAUAACAGAAGCUGUUCUUCUGAAGGUGAUGCCUGUGAUUGCAACAUCCAAAAAAUCAAUGAUGAUUGAUUGUGGUGUCUCAGGUGAAGGCUGUGCUGCUCUGACUUCAGCUCUGAGAUCAAACCCCUCACACCUGAGAAACCUGGAUCUGUCCUAUAAUCAUGUAGGAGACUCAGGAGUGAAGUGUCUCUCUGCUCUACUGGAGAAUCCUCUCUGUAAACUGGAGACACUGAGAUUGCAGUGGUGUGGUGUCUCAGAUGAAGGCUGUGUUGCUCUGACUUCAGCUCUGAGAUCAAACCCCUCACACCUGAGAGACCUGGAUCUGUCCUGUAAUUAUGUAGGAGACUCAGGAGUGAAGUGUCUCUCUGCUGUACUGGAGAAUCCUCACUGUAAACUGGAGACACUGAGGUUGCAGUGGUGUGGUGUCUCAGAUGAAGGCUGUGUUGCUCUGACUUCAGCUCUGAGAUCAAACCCCUCACACCUGAGAGACCUGAAUCUGUCCUGUAAUUAUGUAGGAGACUCAGGAGUGAAGUGUCUCUCUGCUCUUAAGGAUGAUGAACAUUACAAACUACAGACACUGAUGUUGUAUGAUUGUGGUGUCUCAGAUGAAGGCUGUGCUGCUCUGACUUCAGCUCUGAGUUCAAACCCCUCACACCUGAGAGACCUGAAUCUGUCAGGAAAUAAACUAGGAGACUCAGGAGUGAAGUGUCUCUCUGCUGUACUGGAGAAUCCUCACUGUAAACUGGAGAGACUGAGGUUGUAUGAUUGUGGUGUCUCAGAUGAAGGCUGUGCUGCUCUGACUUCAGCUCUGAGAUCGAACCCCCCACACCUGAGAGACCUGGAUCUGUCCUGUAAUGAUGAAGGAGACUCAGGAGUGAUGUGUCUCUCUGCUCUACUAGAGAAUCCUCACUGUAAACUGGAGACACUGAAGAUGAUUGGUUGUGGUGUCUCAGAUGAAGGCUGUGCUGCUCUGACUUCAGCUCUGAGAUCAAACCCCUCACACCUGAGAGACCUGGAUCUGUCCUAUAAUCAUGUAGGAGACUCAGGAGUAAAGUGUCUCUCUGCUCUACUGGAGAAUCCUCUCUGUAAACUGGAGACACUGAGGUUGCAUUCGUGUGAUGUCUCAGAUGAAGGCUGUGCUGCUCUGACUUCAGCUCUGAGAUCAAACCCCUCACACCUGAGAGACCUGGAUCUGUCCUAUAAUUAUGUAGGAGACUCAGGAGUGAAGUGUCUCUGUGCUCUACUGGAGAAUCCUCUCUGUAAACUAGAGAGACUGAGGUUGCAGUGGUGUGGUGUCUCAGAUGAAGGCUGUGCUGCUCUGACUUCAGCUCUGAGAUCAAACCCCUCACACCUGAGAGACCUGGAUCUGUCCUGUAAUAAUGUAGGAGACUCAGGAGUGAAUCGUCUCUCUGCUCUUAAGGAUGAUGAACAUUACAAACUACAGACACUGAUUUUCCAUCGAUGAUGAACAUCUGUGUCAGUGUGAUGAAGACUCUGGUGUUCCUGUAUUUCCAUGUUAAAGAACAUUUAGGGGAUAUAACACAUUAAACAGACUCCAGAAACAUGAGGAGUGUAUAAGUGUAUAAUGGUCUCUGAUCCCUGGAUUAGAUUCCCAGACCUCAAUCCCAUAAAACACCUGGAAGAUUAUCUGGAGCAGCAUGUCAAAAACCACAUUAUCUUCAACUGGACUGAAUAUGAACAUGUAUCGUUGUUCUCACUAGGAUUUCUUCCCAAAUAACUCACAGCUGGAUGGAGCAUUGUGUGUUCAUGAGGUAACAUGGAGCGACUCUCAGCCUGCAGUAAAUGUAGGAAUAAUUUGAGGAUGAACUGUUACUAGCAUCACAAUUUUAUGUAACAAACACAAACAAGUGGAGUUACAGACACGUGUACCUGUGCUUUUACUCUACAUCUUUAGGACUAUUCUUUAAAAAAUAAAUAAAUAAAACAAUUAACCUGAAGUUACUGUUCUAACAUGACUGAUUUCCUUGUUUGUAAUUAAUAUUUAAGUUUUAUAUGUUAAAAUCUAUUUACACAUGCAUAAUAUCGCUCUUUUGCUUAAUUUUUUGAAAUAAAAUUUUAUUGUACUUAGAUACUUACACGCUUUGUGCAAUUGUAUCAAAAAAUACAUUUUGAAGAAAUAAAAUUACAUACUAUCCA